UUGUUCCCCACUAGCCUUUUCAGUUGCUGUUCCCCUCCACAAACUAAAGAAAGUAUCCUUCUAAACCAUCACUUGCUUUGAUUCUCGGGUAGCAUCCAUUCCGUAGCAUCAUAGUUGCAAGCAGGUGAGCAGCUACAUAACUCCCUGAUCCAAACUUGUUCUUGCACUGAGUUGCCAUGACCGGAGGGGAUCCCAUGGAUGUAAUCAGCCUGGAUGACUGGGAGCUCCUGCCUGACCAGGAGAGCUCCUUCUUCAUGGAGUACACUGUUGGUGGUAAGGACCAGAUCUUGUUGGGGGCUGACUUGGUCAUGAUCAACAUGGACCACUUCACCCCUGCAUCUCACUCUUCUCCCUAUAAUUGCAUCUUAGACGAAGAAGCCAAGAAACCACAUCAGCCACCAUUGUUCCAAGAUGCCUCUGAUCCCGUCGUCGAAUUCAAGGACAUCGGUGUCGUGCACACCCAGUUGAGCCGAGAGGAGUCUGCGUCAAAGGUGUCUGAGGUGCUGAUCUCUGACGCGGAUGACGAGGAGCUGAUCAAGUGGCGUGCUGUUGUCGAGGAAGUUUGUGAGAAGGACGAGGUGAUGGUGGAAGCAGCACCUGAUCUACGCGACGAGGAGGAAGAAGGUGUCAAGGGAGACAGGGCAGGGCUGGAAUGCGUAGGUUUCAGUGUCGGGAAACUGCGGGUGAACGGUGCUGGGGCACUCUGCUCGUUUGGGGUUGCGGCUGCCACCUUCUGCAUCUUCCUGCUUGGCGGCAAGCCACAGAACCAGAAGAAGGUGCAGAGCCAGAAGAUGCAGUUCCAGAUGUAUGCGGACGAUGAGAGGAUUCAGCAGGCUGUGGAGCGGGCCUCGAUGUUGAACCAGGCUAUGUCGUCAGUCAUGGGAGGCGCAUCCACUAGGGCAAGCAUAUCAUUCGGUGGCUACUAUGAUGGUUUUUGAUGUGCUAGAAACUUCUAGAAUCCUUGUGUAUUCAUGACCAUAGUAUUAGAUGCAGAGUAUUUGUAUUGAUAUAUUCUUUAUAUUGGCCAGGGCCCAGUAGCCUGGAUGUACGCUAGCUAAUACUAGCAUCUUGCCUCCUCUCACCUGUACAGUCAUUGCUGGGUGUGAAUAUUUUGGGUUGAUCAAUACGUCCCAUUUGACU